GUGUGUGUCUGUGUGUCUGUGUGUGAGUGUGUGCGUGUGCGCGCGCUCUGGUGUGCCACAAAAAGAUCCAGCCCCAAUUUGUGCAGACACCGAAACAGAGAGGAGCGGCGGCGUUCUUAGGGGCCGGGCAGGCAGUGGGGGGUCGAAGGGCAUUGCCGGGAGGACCCGGGAGGCGUCGGGCUGCAGGAGCGGACCCCUGCCGGGCAGACGAGCGGCGGCUCGUACUGAGCCCGCCGCUUCUUCAGCCUCCCCGCGGGCGCUGCCCGACCGGCCCCUCCGAUCUCCUCUGCUCAGCGGCGGGAGCCAGUUCGUGGGGAGUCCCAGUGUUUUCUUGGCGCGCUCGCGCGUGUGUGUCUGUGUGUGUGCGCGUGCGUGUGUGUGUGUGUGCGUGUUAGGGAGCGAGGGAGAGGGAGACUGAGACUGAGGGAAACCAGCGAGCGAGCGGCGGGCACGGGACGAAUUGGGACAACCUAGGGAUGCUGCUGCUGCUACUGUCACUGUCGCCGCCGCUGCUUGUUUAGGGCAGACCCCAAGAAGGCUAAACAGAAAGAUGGCAAAGUGGAGUCAGAAAAACAUUUAGUGACGGCCCUGAGACCAGACCCCAGGCAAAGUUCUUGAUUCUUAACCUAAUGUUAUUUAAACCAAGUUUUGCUGCAUUUUCCUUCAAUUUAAGGCAUGAACAAGUGUGAUAGAUGCCCAUGAACUUCCUGGUCACUUUCCUGCAUUGGAAGGACACCAAGAAAAAGAGCAUAUCCUGAGCAGAACUCCACCCUGCUUUAGAUUGUGGACUAAACCACAAGUUCAGGAACCUGUCCCUCCCUGCCCUGAAGUGAUGAUGGAGACCCUUUCUCAAGAUUCUUUGCUGGAAUGUCAGAUUUGUUUCAAUUAUUACAGCCCCAGACGGAGACCCAAGUUGUUAGACUGUAAACAUACCUGCUGCUCAGUUUGUCUCCAGCAAAUGAGGACAAGCCAGAAGGACCUGAGGUGUCCCUGGUGCCGAGGUAUCACCAAGCUCCCCCCAGGGUUCUCUGUCUCCCAACUCCCUGACGAUCCUGAGGUGCUUGCAGUGAUCGCAAUCCCUCACACUUCGGAGCACACUCCCGUCUUCAUCAAACUUCCUAGCAAUGGAUGUUACAUGCUACCCUUACCCAUCUCCAAGGAGCGAGCAUUAUUGCCAGGAGACAUUGGCUGCCGCCUGUUGCCAGGUAGCCAGCAAAAGUCUGUCACCGUGGUGACAAUUCCGACAGAACAGCAGCCUCUGCAGGGGGGGAUUCCCCAAGAUGCCGUGGUGGAGGAGGAGCAAGACAGGAGGGGCGUGGUGAAAAGCUCCACCUGGUCAGGGGUUUGCACUGUGAUCUUGGUGGCCUGCGUCCUGGUCUUCCUUCUCGGCAUUGUUCUCCACAACAUGUCUUGCAUUUCUAAGCGCUUCACUGUGAUCUCCUGUGGCUGAGGAGGGCCUCAGAGUGAAAUGCCAUGUGUGUGCCAACUUAGGGGUUGAGAAGGUAUUGGUGAUGGGAUCACAGUGAGGUGUAUACGGCAACACUGACCAAUUGGUGCAGGGCACUGGGCACUGGGUAAGCCACUUGAUAAUCUGAAGAUAGACCCAAAAGGCAGAAUGCAGGACCUCUCAACAAGAUACAGGGGAAACUGUCCUGAGUGAUGGUCACAGCUUGGAAGGAGAUUGCAUGCAUCACCAUAAUAAUUUAUUAAAUGAACUGUAAUUUAUGAUUUUAUCAUGUUAAAACAUAUUCUACCUAGAUGUUAUACUGUACAAGUAUAUAUGAUGUGAUCUCUAAAUGCAGUAGAUUAAAAUCAAAAUGCUAUGUAUAGAAGUAGAAUUAAACAUGAGAAUCAAUGUAACAGGUAUGCAAUGCUGGUUUCCUUUUUUUUUUUUUUAAACAAGAUGGAAACUUGUAAAACAAGAACUCAGUCUUGAUUUAGUUGAUAAGGCCUUUUUAUACCUUUGGAAUUGCACCUAAAUUAAAAUAUGUUCAACGGACUAUAGUUUUUUCAGAACAAAUAUUGGGGGGGGGUGUUUCAUGUGUGAUGUGUUUGUCAUGCACUAUCCUUUUGUCUUUUCCUGUAGUUAAAGUUAUAUGUUUGUUAAAGUGCAAAACCCUACAGGGAAGCAAUAAAACAAAUAGGAAAGAAAGAUUUAUUACUGCAGAAAAUUUGCAUAUCUCUUUUUUUUCAUUUCAAGCCAUUUUGCAAAACAAGAAUUAGAAGUGUAAAUAUGAGUGUGUGCACAUGCAUGCACCUGUGUGUUUUAUUUACCUCAGGUUUUAAAAUCCUUUCAGGAAGUAUUUGGGAUUCUAGACCUUUAUGGACAUGAGGAAAGUUUUUCAAGAAGUUACAUCAUGGGAAAACAGAAUCUUUUCUAUGAAGAAGUGCACAUCUAUCACCUUGAUCCUCUUGUCAUGUAUUUGAGUUUGGGGUUGGAGGUAUGGCAAAAACUGGAGGUGAUAUUUUCAUUUUUUUCUCUGAAUAUUAAAUGGUGAGAGGUGUAUUCAGUUGAUGGCAGAUCUGGGCUUAAGGAUAAAUACAUAUCACAGGAUCCUUCUUUUUGGAAGAUGAUGUUGACAGGAUGACAAAUCCAUUUGGAAUUGUAUUUUUUUUAAAAUUGUUGAUACAAAAAUAGAGGAAUAAAUGUCAAUACAAAAGAAAGCAUGUCCAUGUUGAGAAAAGUAGCAAGCUAAUUUAGCUUCACAUUCCUGUUUGAAAUGAAAAAAAUCACCAUAUAUUAUCUUGCAUGGCCCCAUGAAGGAGGACCUAAUAUUAAAUUAUAUGUCUCUGUCCAUUGCCAUUUUUUUCUUACCAAAAAAAACCAAACAAACAACCCAAAACCCACAACUGUGGGCUUGACAAUUUUAUGUGGGUUUGGUAAAUCAGAUGCCAUAUGAAUAGGACUUAACUUGUGAAUAUCUCUCUUCAAGUUCCAUUGAACUAAAGAAAAUGAGGAGAAAUAUAAACUGACAGACAGGUCCCUAAUAACCACAUUUGAAAAUGUAGUUUGUAAAAUUACGGAACAAGUUCAGUUUUGGUAUUUAGUCACUUAAGUAUUAUCUUUCAGCACAUUAAAACUAGGUUUAACAAAGCAGUGGAGUUAAUUUGAUAUUAAGGGAAAUUGGUGUGGCUUCUUUGAUGUCAAUGUUUACUUAACAAUACCGGAUUAGGAUUGCUGAAUCUGUCCAAUUCUUUUUCUUGAGAUAUUUAGGAAAUUCAUUUGGAAAGACAAACAAUAAAUUAGGUUAAAAUGCUGUAUUGUAUAAAUCAUUGCGCAUUAUACAACAAAUAAUCUGGGAAUUAUUUGGUAUUAAUAAUUUAGGUAUCAUAUUAGCUGAAUACUCAUAUUAUGUAACAUAAUAUACUAUUGGGUUAGUGUCAAUUUUUCAUACUCUCCCAGGAUGCUAUAAUGCACGUCUGACCUAAAUUUCUAACCUAGCCAUUUGCUUGUUUCUAUUGCAUAAGCAAAUUGGGAAAUGCAUUUCUUUUUUUAAAAAAAAGUUACAUUUCCAAAGAUCCUUAUAUUUCUUAUUUUAAGCUAUGCCACAUUUUUGUAAAUGUCAGAGACUAAAUGUGUUUGUGUACAGUGUGUAGAAAUGGACCACCUUGUAGUUUAACAUAUGAUCUAGUACUCUUCUUGUGUGAAGUAGGUUAUUUUAGACUUUAACCUGCAGUAGGAUGUUGUUCUGCAUUUCUUAGUAUGAGACCCUGAAAUAAAAAUUAUUCAGGAAAGUGAUACUUAACAAUUUAGUUCUGACUUUGCACUUAAACAGUGUGAAACUAAUUCAGUUUGUGAUAGAUUGUUGGUCUUGCUACUUUAUUCAACUUUGAAAAAUUGAGAUUAAAAAAAUUCUUAAUAAUCUUGAAUUUUUUAAUGGAUUCUGCUUGAAGUUAUUAAUGUACUUGUGUAUCAUAUUCAUUUCCAUUUGUGAAUAGUCACAUGUUUAAAAAAUGCUAAGGGGCCUAUGGAAAUUCAUGUUAGCCUCCUGUAUUUGAAUGAACUUCUUCUGUGAUAUUUAAUGAUAUAUCCAACACAGCUGCCCCUUCUAAUCCCCAUAUCAUCUGAGUAAAAAACUAGAUUUACAUACACAGAGAUCUUCACAUCAGUACAAGUUCUCAUUUUUCAAAUACGGAUUUGAAUGUGCUUAAAAGAAUUGACUGUUAGGGCUAGUAGGGAUCAUAGAAAUGUUUUAUUCCCAACCCCUUAUUUUACAACUGGGAAACCUGAGACCCAGAGAGGUGUGGAAUCAUUUCACACAAAGCCAGGAAGAGAACUCAGGUCUGACUCGGGUCUUUAUUACUCAUUCCAAUGCACAACAAAAGAGAAGCAGAGCAUGCUUAUUUUUAUAUUCACCUGCCUGUUUUUCCAUAGGUGGGCUCUCCUGGAUUUUUGCUGACACCAUCUUGAUUUCAGGGGUAAUGCAUAUCACUUACUCACCAACUGUUCUCUUUGUUUGGUUUAGGUAGAUUUAUGUGUUUAUUUUUAGCUUAGGCCUCUCUGGGAGACAGAAGAGGGUUUAUUUGGUGAUAUAUAAGUGAAUUGAAAGAAAACUGUCAAAUGACGUGAUUCUGAAAUGCAGGGUUUUAAAAUUGCAUACUAGUAAUUUUCAUAAUGUUUAAAUAUGUAAAGGACUGUAGGUGUUUUGUAAAUAUUCAACAAUCAAGAGCAUGAAGUCUGUUCUUUAUCAGUGAACCUCACUCAGUUUGAAUACAGUAUUAGCAAAAGAAAACUCAGUUCAAGAGUAAAAUUUUCAACCAAAACCCCCCCAGCAUAUUUUUUUAUAAUGGUGGAUUAGGGCCGAUUAUAGAAGGCAUGAGUUGUGAUGGCAAAAUUUUCUGUGUCAAAACACUAAUGCCUAUUGAUUAGAGAACUGUAAGAUAUUUAGGUUUCUCUAAACAAAAUGGAAAACUACAAAAUUAAACUUAAGGUUGAUUUAAUAAAUCAUAGGUCACAGCAGGAGCUGUAGUAAUGUGCUGGUUAAUCGGAUUGGCAUUAUUUAUGCAGUUGCACUUUUGAGACUGAGCUAUGAGGCCUUAGUCCUUGUUAAAGAUUGGGUAAUAUGUAGUUGAAAAUUCCACUUAAUUUUCCUCUUGGGGGUGUCAAUGGACUUAAAAUUAAGUAUUUAUGGGUGAUAAGUCCACUGAUGUCCCCUCUGUGGUUAUUAGUUAGUUUGCAUCAACAAAUGAUAAAACAAGCUUUGAAUGUCUAUCAUGCCUCUACACAUGGGAUUUUUGAGCCACAGUGUGAUAAAAGGCUUAUUAGACAAAUGUGCUAUAUCUCUCUUUGCUAAAUCUAUUGUUACUAAGCAAUGGCUCUGAAAUGUUUUGGCUUACAAGCUGUGCAUGGUAUAUGAUGUGAAAUUGUUUCAGAAUUUUGUGGCCCCCAGAUUAAUGUCUAAUGAAUGGAUGAGUAAGACAACCUACUCAUCUCACUUCUCUCCUUUCUCCCCAGUUCUAGGCACCUUGAUGUUUUAAUAAGAUGCAUUUAACUCUAUUCAGUAUGAGAAUUCAAGAGUUAGCAUUUCCUGCUAUGUUUCAAUAGAAAAGAUCUUUAGUUGUUUUGCUUAUCCUUUAAAACCUAGCAGCUAGAUGUGGUUGUGCUGGGGUUUCCUGUGUAUAUUUGUAUGUAGACGCAUAUGUAAACAUAAAUUUUCAGAUGCCAAACUGAAACAGAAAUACUAUUUUGCAUUUUAAAGAGAGGACUAAGUAGGGGACUUUUUUCAGGUUUAUAGUUCAUUACUCUCUGAAAGAAUUUAGUAUUUGUAACUUCCCAUUGGUUUACCACUAAAUUCCUUCCUUUACUUCCUUCUCAUAAUUUACUUGAUUCUUCCUAAAGAAGCUGUCUAAUUUACAAAAACAAAACAAAACUUUACUAUAGAAAUACUUAUAUAACUAACAAAGGACAAAAUCAAAUGGUCCCGGGAUGAUGAUAAUUAGAUCAGAAGACAAGGAUUCAUAUGUCAUUUUAUUCAUCCCUCCAAGAAGACCAGCCCAGUGGGGUAAUUCUAGGUCUCAUGGAUCCUAAGAGGAUAGUUUCCACACUUCCCUUUACAUUAUAUUUCUCAGUAAUAAUUCUUGUGUAAAAAUGGUUAUUAACUGAAGUGUAAUGAAAAUUCUAAGCAUUUGGUUUAUUUUUUUCUUCUUCUUUGGAUUGAGUUGAUUUUUCCUAUGACUUGUCAUUUUUCAAAAAAGAAGGACAAGACUCUUGUCUAUGUCAGCUUAGUAGAAAUUGGCUACCUUUCUUGAUUUCCUUUUGAAUUGUAUGGAAGAGGUACUGAUUUUGUUAAUAUUUAAGUGGGGCAUUAGCUUCACAAAGGUAUAUAAGCAAUGAUAUAUAAAUAAUUUCAGGAUUUAAUUAAAAAAAUUUUUUUUUUUUUAGUGAGGCAAUUGGGGUUAAGUGACUUGCCCAGGGUCACACAGCUAGUAAUUGUUAAGUGUCUGAGGCCAGAUUUGAACUCAGGUACUCCUGACUCCAGGGCCGGUGCUCUAUCCACUGCACCACCUAGCUGCCCCAAUUUCAGGAUUUUAUAGCUUUAAGAAUAUCCCAUCCAACCUCAACCAAGUCAAUUUACAGAGGAGGAAACUGAAGUUUCAGAGAAGUCAAGUCACUUUCUUUAAAGUCAUGUAACUAGUGAGUGUUAGGAACUCAAAUGUCUUAUUUUGUCAUUUCACUUGAAUAGUUUAUUUAAAUAAACGCUUGGUACUUCUAAUGAACAAUGUUAUUUAGAAGUACAUUUUUGAGAGUAAGAGAUCAAUGCCACCUCCCCUGUCUUCAUUAAAUAUUUGUUUUGUUUUCAUUACUGUUUAGUUUAUUUUCAUUUGGGGUACUUUAUACUGACUAUCUUCUAUUAGUAACAAUAGAAGAACAGAGUUAAUUAUCACCUGUUCAUUAUGAAGUCACCACUCCUUUCUCAUUCCUUUUAUCCAUGUUGCUUCUAACCUUGCGUUUCUUACUAAAUCCUUUCUUUCCGGUAGUAAAUUUCACUUAGACUGGAGCUUGUCCUGCUUUAAAUAAUGAAAUUCAAAAAAUGGCAUUUGUUAAACACCUAUUGUGUUCAAGGUGCCAAGAAUACAGAAACAAGAACAAAACAGUCUUUAAACUCUAGAAGCUUACAACUAAUGCUGAGAUACAACAUGUAAAUAGAUAAACCAGGUGAAAUGUGUAAGUAGAUGAAACAAACCAGUUGAUCUUUGACUCCUGAACAAAGAGGCCCAACACUUGAGUUACCUGUUUGUAAUUGAGGUGAUUACUGGUUGCCCUUUUCAUCAGUGCCCUUAUUCUAACCAGGAUUUCACACUUGAAAGACAAAAGGAAAAGGAGGCUUAUUAUUUACUUUAAGAAGUAAGAUGUGUAUUUUUAAGGUUAUACAUUGGUGAUCAUGCUCUUAUACUUUUUUAAAAUCUCAAAACAUUUUGGCUGAGUGUAUUAGUGUAAAUUAAUUUUUUGACAUAGCCAAGCAUCAGAAUAUAUGUUUAUGCCUUAGUUCCAUGUAUUGUAAAAGCUAUAAAUUACAUCUGCAUAAAAGUUUUUAGUUUUUAGUCAUGUGCUGCCAAUUAUGUGUCAAAUUCUGAUGGAAAUGUGGUACUUCCUUGUUGUGAUUAUAUGUACUUCAGUGAGUUUGGAUGUAUAGAUAAUUUAUCAGCCAAUUAUUAUGGGCUAUAUUGGUGUCUCUACCUCCUGCAGGGAGUGGCCAUGUAAUAACAACACAUCUAUUACAUGUUUGUAGAGAUUUUGGGCAUAUUGUAUUAAUUUUUGGCAAGGCAGCCAUUGAUCGAUGCAGAGUAUAACUGCUUUUGAGAUUUAAUCUGCUGCCUCCCAAGUGGCUUGUUAUUUUGGGGGUUCUUCAGUGAAGUUGGCAGCACAUGAUUUUUGAGCUCCUGAAGUGUGACUGAUCUCUUAAAGUUUACCUCCCAUAUAGAGGCCAUCAUUUUAUAAAAGUGCAUUCCAGAGCUUGUCCUGCUGUGUGGCUUCACAUAAAAGAUAUCAUGAUGACAAAGUGGGUCCUGAGCUCUCUGGAUAAUAUACUGCAUUCUUGAAAUCAAAGGUAUUGUAAGUGUUACUAAUUAUUAUAUCUUGCAGGCAAUCACUUUGCAACAUACCAGGAAAAACAUUUGAGUUUGCCACAGUGUGACUUUUUUGUUUUCUAUUUUUGUUUUUUUUUGGUGAGGCAAUGGGGGUUAAGUGACUUGCCCAGGGUCACACAGCUAGUAAGUGUCAAGUGUCUGAGGCCGGAUUUGUACUCAGGUACUCCUGAAUUCAGGGCCAGUGCUUUAUCCACUGCGCCACCUAGCCGCCCUACGUUUUCUAUUUUCUUAAGGAUGGUAUGAGCUUAGGCCCCUUUGGCCAAACCUCUCUCCAGUAGGUCAUUGCCCUGAAAUAUGUCGUGAUAAGCUAUAGAAAUAGCGGUCCAUGAAAAAAAAAAUCAUUUGUAGCACAUCCCCAGGGACAAGGGCAAUCGUGGUGUCCUAGGCUGUUUCCAAAGGGUCUCUCACUUUUUGGUUCGAAGUUUACAGUCAGAUGAUCCACAAGUAUCAGCAGUAGAUAAUAUUAGUGGGGAAAAGAGUAGAAUGGAGGGAAUAGAAGAUUCUGCCUCUUAAAUGAGAUCAGUUUGGUGCCAUCUGUCCUAUCUUUUAUUGGCAACAAUUAGCAUGGUGGUACUACCCUCAUGUUGUGCUUUAAAAUUUUUUUGUGGGAUUUUUCUGAAAGCUUGACUAUGGGAUAUAGUUUACCAAAUGCCAACGUGUGGGAAGAUACACUUUGAGAAGGAAAUCAAGUAUUCCAGUCUAGUAGCAGUGGCUAAAUCAAAAGUUGUAGGUGGAAGAUUCUAAAAUGACUAGUAAAACUCAGUUAUGGAAAACAGAAAAACCACCAGAGAACUAAAUAGGACACAAGCUUCUUUUCAACAACCCUUUUUUUUCAACCAGGAUCUUAAAUGACUUGAAAAUGAACAGCAUGUUCAGAAUGUGCUAACUAUAGCAAGACAGAGGAUUUGAGAUUUGAGUUAUUUUCGUCAUCAAAAAGGGAGUGAAAUUGGCCCCUCUUGCAUAGAUUUUCUAUCCUUAGGUUGCUAAUACCCUGACAAUUUCAGACACAUGACCAAAGCAAAUUAUUACUGAAAAAUACAGACCAACCCCAACAUUCUUGGACUGCUUAUCUCAUGUUCCUUUGGAUAUACAUAAGCCGACUUAAAGAGAUAAUUGCAAAUGGAUUUGGGGAAACACUUAUUUUUUAACUGUUUUGGAGGUUCUCUUUUCUUCUUUCACCCCUUUGUUUGAUAUACUUACUACUACUUGUGUAUGUUUUGCUCAUUUGCCAUUUGCAAAGUGUGAAGUUGGUUUCAGUUCAGGGCCACACAAACUUCCACCCUAAGUCUCAGAGAUUCAGUGCUUCAUUUGUAGGUUCCCUAGUCUUCUCUAGCUUAUAAUAUUCCAGUCAAAUAGCUUAGAUUAAUACUGCUCAGAGGCUGUUAACUCAAGUCUGUGACAUGUUUCAUUUGCAAUAAUGUGGAUAAUUUAUUUUAGAAGCUUUUCUUUAAAGGGCUAAGUAGUCCUACAGAUAUAUGAGCUGCCGGGCUGUGUAGAAAUAUUGUCCAAAUGUUGCCAAAUAUUGACUUUGUAAAGGGGAUAUGAAGCUGCUGUUUAUAAAUCUGAAUGUCUUAAAAGCAUUCUUUGCUUGCUCUUUCUGUCAUAGAUGGUGUCUUAGACAGUCCUGUGGUUUUUUUUCCCCCACUGAUCCCUAUUUUAAUAUAUGGUAUUUUUGUAUGCCAGACUGAUGUCUUGUCCUUUGUAUAUGUGGUAAUGUUGAUUUUAUGACAACUGUUAAAACAUUUGUUAUGAUUAAAAUUCUUAAAA